AUGGGAAAUUGCAACAACAGUGCAAAACCGGAAAGUCCACAGACAGGAGUCUCGUAUUCUGAAAUUGCAAUGCUAAAAAUAAAAGAAAGGGACUUCGCAGGGCAUGUGGUAAACUUGGAUAAAAUCAAAUUCAAAUUAACUUCUCCAUGUUUAAGUCUGAAUGCGAGAUAUCUGCAUAUGCCUUAUGCAUUUGAUAUCACAGGGACUGUAUUACCUGGAUUAGACCCCAGAGAACUUGUGGAUAAAGAAUGCCAAGAUAAUAUAAUUUUCUUGGAAAAAGAAAAUACCCUUCUUGCUGCACUAUUUGAUGGGCAUGGCCAAGAUGGGUUUAAAGUUACUGAAUUUUGCAAAAAAUUUAUGAACCGAUAUUUCAGGGAAAAAUUCGAGGAUUUUAAAAUCAAGCCAAAAGAAGCGAUAUCAAGGAUAAUUGAAGAUUGUGAUGCUGCAAUAAAAGCAAACCCUGGGGAAAUUAACUAUCUGAUAUCUGGGACAACUGCCGUAGUGUUAUUUAUAGACGGAAAUAAUAUAUAUAGGCCCUUCCUAUAGAUGGCGCGCAAUGCGCCAUCAUCGGGCCAUGUCGGGAGAGGGUUCUCCACGAGGAAUGAUUCCAUGUGCGGAAUCCUCUUUUUGGCUCGUGGAAAAAGAGGGUUCCACACGUGGAACUAUUCCUCGUGGAGAACCCUCUCACGACAUGGCCCGAUGAUGGCACAUUGCGCGCAAUCUAUAGGAAGGGCCUAUAUGCGGCAAGUGUAGGGGACUCUAGAGCGAUAUUAGGCACAAUCCCAAAAUCAGCUGAUGAAGUGCCAAAAACUGCUCAUAGCGCUCCAAACCCUUAUAAAACUGUUGUAGAGCCUAAAAGGCUGCUGAAUUCAAUUGCAUUAACGGUAGAUCAGAAGCCAAAUCAUCAAGAAGAGCUUGAAAGAAUAGAAAAAUCAGGCGGAAAAGUCCAACAACUUACUGAUGAAAGAGGAAAUAAAAUCGGACCUUUUAGAGUAUGAAAAGGAAAUGGAAACAUCCCAGGCUUAGCAAUGUCUCGCUCAAUAGGUGACGGUGUUGCCAAAGAAUGUGGUGUAAUUUCAACUCCAAUAGUCCAUGAUUUUCAGCUAUUCCCUGAUAGAGACCAGUUCAUUAUUAUGGGAUCAGACGGUGUCUGAGACGUUUUCGAUAACCAAGAAGCCGUAAAUUAUGUCGAAAAAUAUCGCUCAGAAUGUUUAAAAACUGCUCAAAGUAACUGUAGCUACCCUAUCAAAGUAACCAAAAUUUAGCCUGAAAAUUCAACUAUAUCUCAGCUAUUAGGUGAAGAAGCUAGAUGUAGAUGGUUCGGUAUCUGUGAAGACGAAGACGUCAUAAUUGAUGAUAUUUCUGUUAUUAUCAUUGAAAUAAGCACUCUAAUACCUUUAUCGCACAUAGAUACAAGUGAAGCAGAGGAUAGAAGAACAGUAAGACUUAACAGCUUAGGUGAAAUCAAAGAAGAAACUAAGCCAAUGGUUUCUAAUAUGCUUAGAGGUGAUGCUGUAAGAGGAAGCUUCAUUCCUGCGAAGGACCCUAAUGCAAAAAGAGUCAGAAUUGACCCUAAAAGAGGCUCACAUGCAAUUGUAGAAGGCAAUGAAGAGCCUGAAGGGCAAAUUGAUGUGCCGUUUGUCGAUGACGAACACAAGCUUGAUUAA